UUUCUUUUUUGCCUAUUCAUGUCAAAAACCAAAUCAGAGAAGGAGUGAAGCAAUCGGAGAAUAGAAAACCCUAAUUAGAGAGUACACAUCAAACACGUACAAUUGAAGAAGUCGGUUGUGCGUGUACAUCGAAGCAAUUUCUUCCGAUUUCCAUUUCCAUUCAUAUCAAAUCACGGCUUCAACUGAAAUCGAAUCCUUUAUGUUGCUGGAUCAUCUUCCACCGAGGCCAUCAAGAACCCUAAUCCUGAGACACGUCGAGAAAAGAGUUAACAUUGCGGCCGAUAAACUGCGGACACCUUCACCCCACGGCGGCAGGGGUGCCCUUCCUUCCGAAGGCGGUUGCCCUUCCGAUCUCCUCUUCCUCGCCGGCGGCGGCGGCCACCACCACCACCUUUCCCUCUGUUCUUAACCCUAAUUGUAUAUAUAUUACGUAGUAUUAUUUUUUAACAUUUUUGAUUCCAUAUAUUAAUAUAUACAAAAGAAGAGAAUAUGUUGACUAUAAAAAGGGUCGCUACUGUUGUUUCCAACUAUCAAGAGGAUGUUUCAGAAGAUAUCCAAACUCAUACUCGAUCUUUGGGUUGUGGACGCAAUUGUCUCGGCAAGUGCUGCUUACCUGUGUCGAAGCUUCCUUUAUAUGCAUUCAAGAAAGAUGAAGAUAAGCCAGUUGAUUACGAUGUUGUGAGUUCUUCUGAUGGAUGUUCACCGAUAACUUUCUUGAACAAUCUUUUAUUGGGGCAGUGGGAGGACAGGGUGAGCCGAGGGCUGUUUCGAUAUGAUGUAACCACCUGUGAGACAAAGGUUCUUGCUGGAAAAUAUGGAUUUAUUGCGCAGCUGAACGAGGGGCGCCACCUGAAGAAAAGACCGACUGAAUUUCGGGUCGACAGGGUUCUUCAACCUUUUGAUGAGAACAAGUUUAAUUUUACCAAAGUUGGCCAGGAAGAAGUGCUUUUUAGGUUUGAACCAAGUGAAGCCAACAACUCCCUUUUCUUCACCAGCAUGCCAGUAAAUGCUGAUGUGAAUUCGCCAAGUGUUGUUGCUAUUAAUGUGAGCCCAAUUGAGUAUGGACACGUGCUUUUGAUUCCCCGUGUUCUUGACUGCUUGCCUCAGAGGAUUGAUCAUGCCAGCUUCUUGCUUGCCCUUCAUAUGGCUAAAGAAGCUGCAGAUCCCUUCUUCAGAUUGGGUUAUAAUAGCUUGGGUGGCUUUGCCACUAUUAAUCACCUCCACUUUCAGGCAUAUUAUUUAUCAGCGCCCUUUCCUGUUGAGAAAGCUCCAACUCAAAAAAUAAUGACAGGCAAUGGACUAGCCGAUAUUGAAGUUAAGAUUUCACGGUUGUUGGAUUAUCCUGUGCAAGGUCUUGUUUUUGAGGGCGGAAAUACAAUUCAAGAUUUAUCUGAAGUUGUUGCCAAUUCUUGCAUUUGCCUUCAAAAGAAAAACAUUCCUUUCAAUGUACUCAUUGCUGGUUGUGGGAAAAGAAUCUUUUUGUUCCCUCAGUGCUAUGCGGAAAAACAAGCUCUAGGAGAAAUCAACCAGGAACUCUUGGAUGCUCAGGUGAACCCUGCUGUGUGGGAGAUCAGUGGACAUAUGGUACUAAAGAGAAGGAAGGACUACAACGAUGCAUCAGAGGAGUAUGCGUGGAGACUUCUUGCUGAGGUUUCUCUGUCAGAGGCGAGGUUUGAAGAGGUGAAGUCCUAUAUCUUGGAAGCAGCUGGUUUGCAGGAGUUGGGGUCUGAGGAAAACAGAAUGAGUGAGGAGGAAUCUCUACACAAUCCUCACGCAUCUCAAGUUGCCUCACAUUUACCUCAAGAUUGCAUGGUUCUGCACUGAGCUUGUUUUCUACCGUAGAAGGUGAUAGUUGUGUGAUGCUCUGUAUUGGUGUAGUUCAUUAGAAACCAAUUUUGUCGUUGCAAUGGGAUCUUGUUUCUUCCAGUUAACAGUUGUUUGAAAUCUGUUUCUCUCGGGUGUUGCACCUCUAUUUGUGUUUUAUUAUGAUCUAUAUUUGGCAUCAGAGCUGUAAGUGCCAAAUAUUCUGAGCUGAAGUUUUUGGAAAGUCGAAACCUAAGCUUAGUUUGAAUUCCCAUGUCUAGCUAUCUUGUCUACAACUGUUUGUGAUUGAUCCAAUGGUGUUUGGUUCAGUUAUUGCAGCUUUUUGAAACCCUAA